AUGUCUGCAGGCAAUGGCACCCCUGGGGUAGCGGAGGAGGAGGUCUGGGCGGGAUCAGGAGUAGAGGUAGAGGGCUCAGAGCUGCCCACCUUCUCAGCUGAAGCCAAGGUCCGAGUGGGAGUGAGUAUUGUGCUAUUCAUUUCUUCAGCUGGAGGGAACCUGGCUGUCCUGUGGUCAGUGACUCGGCCACAAGCCAGCUGACUCCGUUCCUCCCCUGUACGACGACUCUUUGCCCACUUAGCAGCUGCUGACUUACUAGUCACUUUUGUGGUUAUGCCUCUAGAUGCCAUCUGGAAUAUCACUGUUCAGUGGCUGGCCGGGGACAUUGCAUGUUGGACACUCAUGUUCCUGAAACUAAUGGCCAUGUAUGCUGCAGCUUUCCUGCCUGUGGUCAUUGGACUUGACCGUCAGGCAGCCAUACUCCACCUGCUUGGACCCCGCCCAGCUGGAAGGAAACUUCUAGGGACAGCCUGGGGACUUAGUUUCCUGCUUGCCUUGCCCCAGCUGUUCCUGUUCCACACCGUCCACCGAGCUGGCCCAGUCCCCUUCACUCAGUGUGUCACCAAAGGCAGCUUCAAGGCUCGAUGGCAAGAAAUCACCUAUAUCCUCUUCACCUUCUUCUGCCUCUUUCUGCUGCCACUGACUGCCAUGACCAUCUGCUAUUGCCGCAUUGUCCUCAGUGUGUCUAGUCCCCAGACAAAGAAGAGGAACCAUGCCCCUGCCGGUCAAUUUGCCCUCCGUCGCUCCUUAGACAAUCGCUCCCGUGUUCGUCUGUGGGCCUUGCGACUGGCCCUACUCGUCUUGGUGACUUUCAUCCUCUGCUGGACACCUUAUUACCUGCUGGGCCUGUGGUACUGGUUCUCUCCCACCAUGCUAACCGAAGUCCCCCCAAGCCUCAGCCACAUCCUUUUCCUUUUUGGCCUCCUCAAUGCUCCUCUGGAUCCUCUCCUCUAUGGGGCCUUUACCCUUGGCUGCCAAAGAAGGCAAGAAGAAGUCAGUACAGACUCUUCCAGGGAAAAAGGUUCUGAGAGAAUGUCCCAACGGGAUAUUCAAGCCCUUAGACAGCUGCAAGUACAAACAAAUAUGGCAGCAGGAAGGACAGAAGAAACAAAAGAGACAUUCCUAUAACAUCCAUCUGCAUGGUACAGAGUAUAUAGGAACAAAAUAAUUAUGCUUUAAUAUCACAAGGACACAUCACUUCCACCCCUGCUCUCUUAGCUUCCAAGAAAAAGAAGUACUGAGCAGUGUCUCUACUUUGAUCCUAGCUAAGACUUGAGACUAUAUUUAAUGUAGAAAUUCACACAGAAUUGAGGCCCUAGAAGCAUCUUAACAGUGACCUAUACUGCCUUACUGUAAAGAGUGCUUCGGAACUUGCAAUGUUAGAAGAGGAAAA